CGAGGACUCGGCGGAGCGUAUGGCCGGAGCCCGUUAGCAGAGUUUAGGUAGUUAGUUGGAAGUUUUGUUGGUGGGUGAGUGUGAGUGCAGCAGUGAGUGUGAGGGAGUGUGAGGGAGUGUGUGGGCUGUGAUUGUCAGUGCGGGGGGUUAAGAAGCUGCUGUGAGGCGGGUUGUAGCUGUAGCUCACUGGGCGGGUCGCUAGUUCCGCUCCGCCAUCGCAGCGCAGUCCGAGCCGCAGAACUUCACCAGAAAACAAACUUCACACCUCUACAACCAGCUUCAGCUGGAAACACCGACCCCCUGACCCCUGCCCCGACAGCCCCCGAGACCCCCAGACGCAGAAGCUGAAGACCCCUGCCGAGGAUCUGCUGGUCGGUGCGUGAAGCGCGGUAGCUCCGUGGGUGUGUGUGUUUAUCUGUCAUGUCCGAUAACGGUGAGCUGGAGGACAAACCCCCCGCCCCCCCAGUCAGGAUGAGCAGCACAGGCAGUAAAGAUGGAGCUCCAACCAAUCACAGCUCCAAACCCCUUCCCUCCGUCCCCGAGGAGAAGAAGCCCUCUCGCAACAAAAUCAUCUCCAUCAUCUUUCCUGCAGAGAAAGGAGGAAGAAAGAAAGAUAAAGAUAAGGAGAGGCCUGAGAUUUCUCCUCCCUCUGACUUUGAACACACUAUUCAUGUGGGUUUUGAUGCCGUUACAGGAGAAUUCACAGGCAUGCCAGAGCAGUGGGCUCGACUCUUGCAGACCUCCAACAUCACCAAAUCUGAGCAGAAAAAGAAUCCUCAGGCAGUGCUGGACGUCCUCAAAUUUUACGAUUCAACGGGCAACGGCAAACAGAAAUACCUCAGCUUUACAGAUAAAGAUGCUCCACCAGCAAUGAAGGGUUCAGAGCCGUCGCCCGGAGGUGCCAAGGAGUUUGAUGAUCAAGAUGAUGACGAUGCACCCCCACCUAUAGUUGCACCCCGCCCUGAACACACCAAAUCUGUUCUGACCCGACCCUCUAUGAUCGACCCACUACCCCUGCCUGCAGCCAGUGCUGACUCCGACGCCUCCAGAGCUGCAGACCGGCAGAAGAAGAACCCCAAAGGAAAGAUGACUGAUGAGGAGAUCAUGGAAAAACUGAGAACAAUAGUGAGCAUUGGAGACCCCAAGAAGAAGUACACUCGAUAUGAGAAGAUUGGACAGGGGGCGUCAGGAACUGUUUUUACUGCAAUAGAUGUUGCAACAGGACAAGAGGUGGCCAUAAAGCAGAUAAACCUACAGAAACAGCCGAAGAAGGAGCUGAUUAUUAACGAGAUUUUAGUGAUGAAAGAGCUGAAGAACCCGAACAUCGUGAACUUCUUAGACAGUUUCCUGGUAGGUGAGGAGUUGUUUGUGGUGAUGGAGUAUUUAGCUGGAGGUUCCCUCACAGACGUGGUGACAGAAACCUGCAUGGACGAGGCUCAGAUUGCUGCAGUAUGCAGAGAGUGUCUUCAGGCUCUGGAGUUCCUGCACGCUAACCAGGUGAUUCACAGAGACAUCAAGAGUGACAACGUGCUGUUGGGCAUGGAUGGCUCUGUCAAACUGACGGAUUUUGGCUUCUGCGCUCAGAUCACUCCAGAGCAGAGUAAACGCAGUACCAUGGUGGGCACCCCCUACUGGAUGGCCCCUGAAGUGGUCACUCGUAAAGCUUACGGCCCCAAAGUGGACAUCUGGUCCCUGGGAAUCAUGGCCAUAGAGAUGGUGGAGGGAGAACCUCCGUACCUCAAUGAGAAUCCUCUGAGGGCAUUAUAUCUUAUUGCCACUAACGGCACCCCUGAGCUGCAGAACCCAGAGAAACUUUCCCCUAUUUUCCGGGACUUCCUGAACCGCUGCCUGGAGAUGGAUGUGGAGAAAAGGGGUGGAGGCAAAGAGCUCCUUCAGCAUCCUUUCCUGAAACUGGCCAAACCUCUGUCCAGCCUCACUCCACUCAUACUUGCUGCCAAGGAUGCCAUGAAAAACAGCCGCUAGCGGUGGAAACGGCCACGGUGCCAAUGCCUCGCCCAUUUCUGCUGCCAGUCCUUUUGUGGACCUUUCCCUAUCCAGCCUUCUGAAUGGAACCCCACCGCCCGGCUCAGAGGAUAUCAGCGCCUGGGCCCAGAGCGGCUGAUCUGCACAAUCAUGACUCCCAGACCCCACCCAAAAGCCUUUUACCCAAACCUCCUUUUCCACACUCCACCCCCAAAACUCCACCCUAACCUUCACCCUACAGUCUGCCCCAAAACUCCACUAUAUAACCCACUCGAACUUCGCCCCUUGUCCACAUCAGUGUUCGGUGUUCCAAGAAGCACCAACUCGAGCCCUAAAACACACCAGAGCUGCAAACAAACCCAAAAACUGAACUGUUUAUAUCUGGACUUUUCUGUGGUCUGUCAGUUUGUUCUGUAAUCAGCUGUGAUCACGAUUGCCUUGGUUUCAUCAAUUUACCUGAUUGAUUGGUUAGUGGGAUUCUGUUUCUAUGCUGAUCAGUCUUCACGUCACCCUUUAUUAAAUUAGCAUCGAUACUUGAAAUCUGGCCCCUGCACCCCUAAAAGACCAUUGACUCGUGCCUAUGACCCGCCUGCCUUAUCCUCCCCAAACACGAAAACGUAUUUUGCUGUAUGAAAUGAAAUCUGAUUUUCUGUUUGAUUAGAGGUUGUUUUAGGAAGAACCUAAUAAGUUUAAAGUAUUAAAUUGUUUUGUAUAUUAUGUACUUUCGUAGCAAACCGUAAAUGCAAACAAACAAACCUGAAUCUGGACCUUUUUUCACUAGCUGUUUUAUAUUUGUUUAUGUAUUUUAUAUUUGAACUAACAAUCUGACAAAAUCCUGCAUAUUAAACUAUUUUCCACUGUUGUGUUAGUAAUAAUAAUUGCUGUAUUUCUGUUAAUGUGACAUCUAAUGAGUUUUACAGGGGAAGCUACAUUUUAGUCAAAAAUGACUUUGUAGUAAAAACAAAACAUUCCAGAUACAUCAGCAUUACACUUCCGGUCUUCCCACUCGACCAGGUGGCUUUUUAAAGGAUGAAACCAGUUUAAAACAUAUUCUUUGUAAGUUAUUAAAAAAGACUUUGGUCA